GUCCAUCUAUUUGCGUGUGCGUGCGUGUGUGCGUGUGUAUCUAUGUGUGUGUGUUGUGGGCGGAACACCACACUACAGAAAGUGCUAACUCAGCUAGCCCCAGCUAAGAUAAAGUAACCACCGCCAGCUCGUUGCUUAAAUUAUAUAUUUUUUAACAAACUCAACCAGUAACGACUAUAGUUGAGUUGUUGAUACACAUUUAUUACAGUUUAACUAUUGGUGUUUCACCCGUCGUUAGAACUACGGAAGACCUUAGUUUCCACUUGUGAACAUCGAGCCCUGAUCCCCUGUUCAUUCAAGCGCGUGCUGCAGACAAAGUCAGCGAGAUGGAGGAAGAGGCCCAGUCUUUCUUGGGGAGGUUUGUGGACGAGUUCCCGGCUGCUCUGGAGGAAGACAGUCCGCUGCCUGUCAUCCCUCUGAGUCGCAAAGUCUCUCUGGAGGAGCUGCAUGGAGAGAGCCUGGAGCUGGGCCUGAGGCUGCUGACUGCCAGGGGUGCUCCUGCAGUCCUCAGCGCCCUCCUGUGCCAGGCAGCGUUUUCUCAGCUGCUGCGGGAGGACCCUUCACGUUUCCACUGCCCAGAGGAAACCGAGGCUAACCAGGAAGAAGAACAGAAAGCAGUCUUACUUCAGUCAGAGGCAGUCCAACGCCUCUUCCUGAAUAAGGUGAUUGAUGUAGCUCUGGCAUGGCAUCAAAACUUCCCCAAGCCUUCCCCGUCUCCUUCCCAGUUCCAUCCCUGCUCUGUUCAUGCCAUCAAGAACACGAGGAGAAAGAUGGAGGACAAACAUUUGGCCUUAGCUGAGUUCAACCAGCUCUUCGGAAUCCAGGAUGGAGUGGAGCGUGCCUACUACGCCGUUUUUGAUGGACAUGGAGGGGUAGACGCUGCCACCUACACAGCAACCCACCUCCAUGUUGCCCUGAGUAAACAGGAAAUGCUACCGAGCGACGCAGCCACUGCCUUUAAAACUGCCUUCAAACGCACAGAUGACAUGUUCAGAGACAAAGCCAAGAGAGAGCGUCUGCGGAGCGGCACUACAGGCGUGGUGGUGCUGAUCCAAGGUCAAGAGCUGACUGUGGCCUGGCUAGGAGACUCUCAAGCAAUGCUGGUCCGAAAGGGUGAAGCUGUUACACUCAUGGAACCCCAUAAACCAGAGAGAGAAGAUGAGAAACAAAGAAUUGAGGAUCUUGGCGGCUGUGUCACCUUCAUGGGAUGCUGGCGUGUUAAUGGCACCUAUGCCGUUUCGAGAGCAAUCGGUGACUUUGACCAGAAGCCUUAUGUGUCUGGAGAUGCCGACUCCUCAACGGUCCAGCUGUUCGGUGAUGAGGACUACGUGUUACUGGCGUGUGAUGGCUUCUUUGAUACAGUCAAACCUUCAGCUGUCCCAGAUCUGGUCUUGGAUGCACUGCAGCAACUUGGUGACCCUGAAGGAGGAGACACUCAGCAGAAACAGUCUGAGGAGAUUAUUGGACAGAGAGUCGCUCAACAUUUGGUAAGUCAUGCUAAGGCAGCUGGCUCAAGUGAUAAUAUAACGGUGAUGGUGGUGUUCCUGCGUCCACCAAAGCAGUUGCUGUCUCAAGACCCUGCUACAGGAACUGCACAAGCUACUGCGGACUCCACUUCCCAAGAUGCUCGACAGCAGUGAAGGAGGGAAUCUGCUGUCCAGACACCACGUUGCUAAGCUACUGCCUGAAUCAGUAUAUCUCAGCCUUUUUUCACUCCCCGGAUCCUGACAGACAGGAUGUCGUCACACUAUGUUACUACUUUGCAAAAUAGCAGAUUCAAGUGUUACUAAACCAGACCACAUGGUCACAACGGUCUGAUGGAUGGAAGGCUACAGGAACCUGUACAGCUACCUGUAAUGGAACAGCACGUACUGAGAUCCCAAACAUGUUCUCACAAUAGAGAUGUGCAUUUUUUAUCUCAUCAAUAACCAAUGCUCAUGAGUAACCAUUAACUGACAAGAAACAAUUUUUACAAGGAUACAUUUUUACAUGUGCAAACAACAGCCUUAACAAUAAAAUAGACCAAUAAUUCUACAGUUUUUCCCAAUGAGUAAGCUACCUAGACUCCAUCAAAAGCAUCAGGAUCAAGGCCGGUGCAUGCUUCUGCAACUGCGUCUGCGGCUUUUCACGCAGCUGUGUCGAAGGACUCGUUCUAAUUUAUGCUUCUCUAACGUGUGCGCGUAUGCAACGCAAUU